AUGUCCUGGACAUACACAACCCUCCUGGCGCUCCUCAUUGUGCUUUUGGCACUUUCCUUGUCUUCAGAGGCCGACUCUGCAGCUGUUUCCAGCGGCACAGGCAGUGCUAAGGAUCCACAAGGUCCACUGAAGAAGAUCUUCAUGAAGGAGGCUGAUGCCUCAAACUUCUUCAGACAGCGCAGCAGACGGGGCGUGAAGUCUCAGGAUGAGAUUAACGCUGAGCACAAGCAGGUUCUGGCUGCAGAUGAACGUAGGAGAGAGUUUCAUGAGGAGAAGAGGAACGAGUUUGAGAGCUACGCUGAAGAGGAAAAUGAUGAACAAGAUGAGAAGACCAGAGCGAGCACCGAGCAGUGGAGAGAGUUUCACUAUGACGGGAUGCAUCCUCCACAAGAAUAA